AUGAGCAACUUCAAGUUUCCCGUUGAUCUCAGCCAAUUCAAAAAGAAUCUUGCACUGGACCCCAGCAAUGCAACCCUCACCGCCGAACAGAAGAAAGACCUUCUGAACAACAUCAAUAUCUUCAGAGAUGCAAUUAUCGCCUUCACCGCGACCGGUGCUGCCCGAGGCGUAUCAGGCCACACGGGAGGACCCUUCGACACAGCGCCAGAAGUGUGCAUCCUACUCGCUCUGAUCCAAAAUGACAAGAACAGCUUCCUCGACACAUUCUUCGAUGAGGCUGGUCACCGAGUCGCAACUCAGUACCUCCUAGCAACACUCGAUGGCCACCUCAAGCCCGAACACCUCCUCAACUACCGCGAUGCCAAUUCAAAACUGCCCGGUCACCCUGAGCUCGGGCUCACGCCCGGAGUCAAGUUCAGCUCCGGCCGACUCGGACACAUGUGGGGUAUGGUGAACGGCGUGGCAAUGGCCAACAAAGAUAAGAACGUCAUCCUGCUCGGCUCUGACGGUUCCCAGCAGGAAGGUAAUGACGCCGAAGCGGCGCGAAUUGCCGUGGCUCGGAACCUGAAGGUCAAGCUAUUUGUCGACAACAACGAUGUUACGAUUGCCGGCCACCCUUCCCAGUAUCUGAAAGGCUACGAUAUCGCCAAUACCCUGAAAGGCCACGGUCUCCACGUCGUGCGUGCCAAGGGCGAAGAUGUCGACUCCCUAUACAAGGCGAUGUGCGAAGUAAUCAACUACAAUGGCCCCGCCGCUGUGGUCGUCGAUAGAACGAUGGCCGCUGGUAUCGAGGGAAUUGAAGGCGAGACCCACGCACACGACGUCAUUACCGUCGACGUCGCGCGCAAGUAUCUCACCAAGCGCGGAUACAGCAAGGACCAGCUCGCCUUCUACGAUGAGAUCAAGGGCCGAUCGAACCCCCACACUUACGCCGGCUCAAGCAAGGACAAGGGUUCGAACAGGAAUAUCUUCGGUGACGCUGUCAACGGCAUCCUGGAUGGUUUGAGCAAGGAGGAAGCUGCCCGUCGCGUGAUGGUCAUCGACUCCGAUUUGGCCGGCUCUACUGGCCUGAAGGCUAUCGGCGCCAAGCAUCCCGAAUCAUUUAUUCCAUCGGGCGUGAUGGAGCGAGGAAACUUCUCCGCGGCUGCUGGAUUCGGCUUUGGCAGUAAUGGCGAGCGCCAGGGUGUUUUCUCUACAUUCUCGGCUUUCUUGGAGAUGUGUAUUUCUGAAAUCACCAUGGCACGUCUGAACCACUGCACUGUGUUGUCGCAUUUCUCGCACAGUGGUGUUGACGAGAUGGCUGAUAACACUUGUCACUUUGGUCUUAACCAUUUCUUCGCUGAUAAUGGAUUGAUUGAGUCUGAUGCUUGCUCGCUUUAUUUCCCUGCGGAUGGUGAGCAGAUGAAGGCUGUCGUGAACAAGGUCUUCUGGGAUAGAGGUUUGCGUUUCAUCUUCUCCACCCGCUCCAAGGUCCCUUACAUUCUUAAGGAUGGCGUCGACGAGAAGCUGUAUGGAGAUGGAUACGAGUUUGUUCCAGGAAAGGAAGAGGUUAUUCGCACCGGUACGGCUGGUUAUGUCGUCUCUUAUGGUGAUAUGUUGUACCGAUCACUCGAUGCUGUCGAGACCCUUCGUAAGGAGGGUCUGAAUGUUGGUUUGAUCAACAAGCCCACGCUCAAUGUCGUUGAUAAGGAGACCCUGGUGAGAUACGGCGAGUCUCCAUUCGUCGUUGUCGUUGAGUCUAUUUCUCAAAAGACCGGGCUUGGCUCUCGCCUUGGAACGACCCUCUUGCAACAUGGUUACACACCCAAGUUCAAGGCAAUCGGUGCUGUAAAGGAUGGCUGUGGUGGAUUAUUCGAGCAGAUCAAUUACCAGGGCCUGUCCCCUGAGAACAUCAUCGAGGAGAUCAAGGCUGUUGCCGCUGGGAAAUAA